AUGAUAUUUACAAGUAAUUCAGCUGUUGAAUCAUCGGGAUUUCAAGCUGCAAUAGCACUUCAUUUUCCAAUGAUUGCUUCAUGUCCUCAAAGUCUUGGAUUUUUUCAAUGUAAAAAUAAAAAUUGUAUUUCAAAACAACUUCAAUGUAAUGGACGAAAUCAUUGUGGUGAUGGAACAGAUGAAACUUUGUGUAGUAUCUUUUUUAGUUAA